AUGGGAAACAUGAUCUUGAUGGCGCUGCUGCUGGCGCACCUGCCCACAGAGCUGCUGUCCAUCCAGGUGAUUGUUCCAGAGGCAGAGAGGAGGACCACUCUGUUUGCCUCUGUGAUCCUUCGCUGUGAUUACUCGACCUCAGCGAACCCUCAGGAUGUGCUGGUCACCUGGAGGUACAAGUCCUUCUGUAAAGACCCGGUGCUGGAGUACUACUCCACAGCCUUUCAGGCCGCUCUGCAGCUGGGUCAGGACCCCUCCAAUGACUGCCCGGACCGCCAGCGUACCGUCCGCACAGUGAUCCAGAAAAGAGGCAUUAAUGAGCCCAUACUGGGUGCCGACUACAGAAAUCGCAGAAUUACCAUUCAGAACAAGGCUGACCUUGUUAUCACUGAGGUGAUGUGGUGGGAUAACGGCGUGUAUUUCUGCACCAUUGACGCUGCCGGUGACACUACAGGAGACUCAGAUCGUGAAGUCAAGCUCAUCGUGUACCACUGGCUGACCGUCCUGUUGAUCAUCCUCGGUGCUCUCCUGCUCAUUAUGCUCUUCUGCAUAUGUUGCUGUCAGUGCUGCCCGCAGAAGUGCUGCUGCUACGUCCGCUGCCCGUGUUGUCCACAGACAUGCUGCUGCCCGGAGGAAGCUGUGAUGCAGCACAGGAUGAUGCGAGAGGCUCAGAAGGCUAUGGUUCCUUGGAUGCAUGGUCAACCCAUCUACGCUCCCAUUAGCUCUAACGCCUCUGCUCAGGGCGUUCCCAUACUGUACUCAGGCUCGUACUCCGACUACCCGACCAAACAAAACUUUGCCAUGGCUCCCAUGGAGCUGUCACCCAUGGCCUUCCAGCAACAGCCUCCUCCUCCUCCUCAACACCACAUGAACGGCAGUGCACGCGGCAGCUCUCAUGGCACCGGUCACGUGUUGGACUACCUGGAGAACCAGGUGAGGGGGCUGGAUGUGGGAGCACCUCAAAUGGCCUCACAUGCUCCACAAAAUAUGCUCCCAUUACAGCCUCAACUUCCGCCUCAGCCCACUCCUCAAGCAGUCCCCUACACCCCGGGGCCCCCGAGUAUGUUGUCAGCCCUGGAUGAGAUGGGGGUGAGAGGGGUGGAGAGGAGGGUGAUCACCCUGCCUCCUAUAAUCCAGCGUGUGCCCAGCUUUUCCUCACGCAGGGGGCCUGGAGGUGGAGACGGAGCCAGAGGUGGGCACAGGAUAUCCAGCCUGUCCAGCGGGAGUACAAACCACUCAGGAGGAGGAGGUCUCCCCCGCGAUAGCCGUGGCUACAGAGACGUCUCUCCUCCCAGACGGGGCAUUUUGCGUGAUUACAGCGAUGACUCCGAAUGGGAGAACAGGCGAGCAAGAGCACCACAUAGGGGUUCAAGGAAUGAGAGCGGAGGCUUGGCCGGGAGGAGGCGAGGUGAACCCAAGCCACGUGCUCAUAGCCGUGACGACCUGAUGGAGGAGCUCUACAGCAAAGCAGCUGGGAGGAAGAGGAGCUAUUCACCUCCUCCACGCCGCAGAGGAUCCUCGAGCUCAGACGAGGACAGCAGGAGGAGGAAAGGAGGUAAAGGGAAGGAUUGGCCCGAGAAGCCACCCAGCUACUCCUCCAUAGAGGAGCAGCCUGGACGCAGUAACGACAGGAGGAACUACCUUCGACUUUCAGACAGAAGCUCCCGUAGUGCGACCAGUGUAGUCAUCUAAAGCAUUUCUUUUUUUAUUUUUUCUCCUGAAUCGUGAAAAUGAAGACAAACAGGAGGCACCUUCAUCUGUUCAAUCAGCUACAAGCAUUUAGUCGUCGUCAUGUCAUUUGAUGGUAACUCCUGAAAUGUACUGUAUGGAUAUACUUUCACUGUGUAUGCACUGUUUGUAAUUGUAAAGAAAAAUUAGAUUUUUAUGAAUGAAGAAAAGCUGUUCAGCUGAAUAGAUAAUAUGCCGUGAUAUGAAGCCUGUGUGUGAUUCUUGUCCUAGCUGUAUUAAAUUGUGUAAUUUGUGUCUGGUGAUGGAUAUAACAGCUCUUUAGUUUGUCUUUGGUUUGGUUUUUCUUCUCUGUAGGUUCAUUGUAGUGAAGACAAUUUGUGUGAGAUGUACACAGUGUGUAUUUGCUUUUUUUAAAUAUAAUAUCUUAUUUUUGCAUAAUUUCUUAUACUAUUUAAGUGGGAUUUUUUUACCUUUCAUCCAUAAUAACAAUAGACAGCAAUAAAAAGAAUGUUCUGUGUCUGUCUUUUUAAGAAGGACAGAGUUAUUGGACUCACUGAACCUAUUGAAUGAACAACCAACAAAACACAUGCAAUUCUGAUUUUCAUUAAUGUUUGCUUUUUUAAAAAAAAAACAAAAAACAAACAAACAAAAAAAAAACCAAAUAGAGAUGUAUUGUGACAAUAUAUGUAUGUUUUAAAUAAAUUUUUUUAGAUACA